AUGGACAAUCAACGAGUACGAGACUUCAUGAUCAACAAGUUACCACCGGGUUUCAAAUUCAACCCUGAUGAUAUUGAAUUAAUCCAGUAUUAUCUGAAGCCCAAGAUAGCUGGUGAUCCGAUUCUAGUUCCUCGUCGAAUUCAUGAUAUUGAUAUUUACAAGCAUUCUCCAUAUGAACUAGAAACAUAUAAGUACAGAGGAGAGAAGUAUAUAUACUUCUUUACUCCAAGAAACAAGAAAUAUCGAAACGGAACGCGUCCUGAUCGUGCUACUGGGGACUUUGGUUAUUGGAAAGCUACUGGAAAAGAAGAAUCAAUAAGAACAAAUAAUGGCAAUAUUGUGAUUGGAUCUAAAAGGAAUUUAGUUUAUAUGGAAGGAAAUCCUAACAGAUCCAAAGAAAGAAAAGGAGAAGAGCUUAGUGCUGUGAAAACAAAUUGGAUGAUGCAAGAAUACACAAUUAAUAAAGAGAUCAAUGAUUCUGCGAUUUCAAAGGCGACAUCUCCAUUGUCUGAGAUGCAUUUGGACGAUUGGGUUCUAUGCAAGAUUUACAAGAACGAUCGUGAGAAUUAUCCACAAAAACGGAAACAUCAAGAAGUCGAAGAAUUGAAUACAUUGUAA